CAAAUCUCAAAAGUCAAAAAAGGUGAUUAGUGCGUAUUUUGUGCAGCGAAGCCGCUUCUAAAAAGAAAGAUUUUUUAAAUAUCAAUUUAACUUUGUUCUUACAUGCUAUCAAUAAGAAACAAACUCAUUAAAAACAUCCAGUGUUCUGUGCUGUUUUCGUGUUCUAUUUGAGUCGACUAAAUCUAAAAACAAAUAUGGCAUCAUCAUCGAAUGAAAAUGGCAAUCUUAUGGAUGAAUUUGAAGAAGCAUUCCAAUCCUGUCUGCAUGCAUUAACCAAACAAGAAUCCAAUACCGGCAAUAAUAAAGAAGAAAUCGAGUUGGAAGUUCAAAAGACUACAAAUAAAUUCAUCGAUGUUGCCCGUCAAAUGGAAGCAUUCUUUCUACAAAAACGAUUCCUAGUUUCGACUCUCAAACCCGAUAUGCUAAUAAAAGAUGAAAACUUAGAGCUACGUAAUGAAAUUGCACGCAAAGAAGCUCUAAUAAACAAACAUUACAAUCGAUUGGAGGAAUGGAAGAAUUGUUUGUCGGACAUUCAACAACAACAGGGCUAUAAUAAAACACAAAUUCCAGGUCAGGGAGAAAUUCGUCCUGGUCAGCAAAUGGGCUACAUGAAUCCGAUGCCACCAAAUAUGCCAGUUCAAAUGGGAAUGACACAAAAUCAAUUGCAACAACAGCAUAUGCAAUCACAACUGCAACAACAACAAAAAAUGAUGCAAGCCCAGCAAAUGCAACAAAUGCAGCAAAACUAUGGAAAAAUGAAUAAGUCUAUGAAAUGACAGAAUUAAAGAAGAAGAUGUCUAGGAAGUAGUUUCCUGAAAAUAAAUAUUUUAUAGGAUAAGUUGAUGUAAUCAUUUUUAUAAAUUUAGUUAUACAUUAAUAAAAUCAUUCAUUGAUUUGAAA